AUGUCCUACGAAAGCUACACUAUUGCGGUGAUAUGCGCCAUGAGCUUCGAAAUGAGCGCCUUUCGUUACAUGCUGGACCGGGAACACCCUCGCUUACAGAGAAAAGAAGAAGACUCGAACACCUACGUUUUGGGCGAAGUAUACGGAAACAACAUUGUGCUUGCAUGUCUCCCUGGGAAUCAAGGGAAAGGAUCUGCGGCAACUGUUGCAACCAAUUUGGCGCGAACAUUUCCUGCUAUAAAGUUAAGAUUCCUCGUGGGAAUAGGCGGAGGAGUACCGAGUACGAAGCAUGACAUUCGUCUAGGCGAUGUGGUUGUGAGCAUGCCCAGCGGGGAAUAUGGCGGCGUGGUGCAAUAUGAUCUGGGGAAGAAGACAGACUACGGCUUCGUUCUCAAGGGGUUUCUGCAGCCUCCUCCGCCAUUGUUACGGAGCGCAGUCGAGACAAUGCGCUCUGAUCAUCUUGUUAGCGACAAUAAAAUCGAGGAAUUCAUCUCUCAGAUGCUACAGAAAGGGCCGCGCCUAUCCGACUACUAUCAGCAACCUUCCACCAAGAGCGACAUCUUGUUUACGAAAGGGUAUUCUCACGAGUUUAACCAACCCAAUUGUGACCGAUGCGACCGUGAGAGAGUUGUUACCAGAAGUGUCCGCCAGUUUCCUGGACCUGAGAUACACUAUGGACUGAUUGCCUCCGGAGACACGGUCAUGCGGAGUAGCAGUACCACUGCUGUGAGUUAUCUAGAGGAUGUGCUCUGCUUCGAGAUGGAGGCGGCGGGAUUGAUGACAGAAUAUUCUUGUCUUGUUAUCCGUGGCAUCUCAGAUUAUGCGGAUUCCCACAAGAAUGAUAAGUGGCAAAAGUACGCGGCUGCGACGGCGGCUGCUUGCACAAAGGAGCUGCUUUCAUAUCUACAACCCAAUGAGAAUGUGUCAGCGGCGGCAACUUCGUCUUUUCCGCUUUUGACAAGAGACGAUGGGCCAGUAGUGAAUAACACGUCUCAUUUUUCUGGAACAGGUAUGCAGCACUCGGGGGCGGGAACUUUGUCAGUUGGAGGCGACGUGAAUAUUGGCUGA